GUAGUAAAUCCCACACCUUUAAAUCCAUGAUAAAAACAUCCCAACAAACAAAGGAUUGUUACAAAUCCAUGAUACCUCAAAUCCUUGAUAAAUCCUUGAGUUUUUAAAUUACAAAACCCUCAUUUUUAAAUCCAUGAAGCAAACGACCCCUAAAUCUCUAAAUCUCCAUUAAUUCCCAAUUUCCCAACACAAUCGCUAGAACCCUAGAAAUAGGUUUCUAUCAUCCGGUAUCAGAGUCAGAAUGAACCCAUCCAAGUUCUUCGAUUCAGAGUGGAUUCGUCUCAGCCAACGGUUGCAGCAAUCUCUUGACCGCUACGAACGGGAAGCGCGGGAGAGGGCAGCUGCCGAGGGCGAGAUGGUGGAGAUGGAGGCGAGUACAGCCGCGGGCAAGGCAGGGAGGAGGCGGUCGGCGGGCCUGACCAUGGCUGCCGCGGUGAUGGCGUUAGGCGACGCGGAAAAUGGGGCGGCGAAGGCAGCCGUGGGCGCCGACGCGGGGGAGCGCCCGACGUCGCAGGCGGCAGGCGGGUUGGCAGCGACACGGGCGCGUCGGGCGGAGGAGGCGGUGAACCCAAUCAAUCCACCACUGUCACCCAGCGUCCACACCAGCGAACAUCUGGGAAAAGCAGCUUCCGUGGCCGUAGAGGUUGCAGCUACUACUACGCCUAUUAUCAAUGGAUCAACAAAGGAGCUGACGAACCCUCCACAAUCGCUGUUCAUGGUCGAUUCGUCAACUGUCACUGAAUUGAUUGUAGGCGACGUCGGCGCUAGGCCAACUGCUCCUCCUAAGGAGACGGAGGUUGCUACGGCUUGGCUUCCUUGCAAAGGUUCGGGAACCUCAACUAAUAAUCAAUUUCUUUUGUUAGUUGAUGGAUUUAAUCGAGUUAGCCUGCAAAAAGAAGGCACGUUUGGUGGGAUAAAUCAUAAAGUAAUUGAGGUGUCUUGGGUCCCUGUACCCCAAGGGAAGGGGAUGCAUUCACCUGUGAUUAAUGGUAUUAGUAUACGAAUCACAUUGGUUGUUGUAAUUAUGUUUGUCGAGAGGAGUAGAGGGGUCCAACUACAGUUGCCUUUGUGGAAGUUUCAGAAGAAAUGGCAACAUGUAUCAGAGGUGGGAUUGCUGUGUUGGAAUUUCUCCAAGUGUACUAAGCAUAAGGGAAGACCAGCAAGGCGUACCUGUGAGUCUCAGGUUGGUGGCGGCUGGGGUCCUCUUCUCACGAACCCUAGGUCGCUAUCCUUGGAAGCACUACAACAACAGCACAUCUCGUUGGGCCGAAUGAAUUGGGCUGAUCUUCUUGAUGGGUUUGGACGAAGGGGUCAGCUAAACCAGUCGAUUGGGGUGGAGAAAUUCGCAAUUUGGGCUCCGUUUGGACCAAUUAUCGGGUCGCAGCUGAGAAAGAUGGGGGCGGAGCCCCAGCUAGCUUUUGGACUGAAGUUUGAAAUGGGCUCAAUUACUUUGGAGAUGGAGCAUGAUUGGAAGAAAAGAAAGCGCGAGGAGUGGGCGAAUCGACGCACGAAUCGCACGAUCUCGGCAGAGGAAGAUGUCAAUUUGGUCAACCUUGAGGGCAAGGUUGAUUUCAAGGGGAGGGUACGAUAGAAACCUGCAGUUUCUAUUAUUACUGUUAUUAUCAUUGUAUAUUUAUUAUUAGGAUUAUUAAGGUUAGUAGUAUUUGAGUCAUAUUAGGUUACUCUAUUAGAUUUUUCGAGUCUUUCGUUAUAAUACAAGGGAAGGAACCCUUGUAUAUAAGUGUCCACCUAGCCCAAUUAGUACGAGGCCUUUUGGGGAGGACACCCAAGAGUAAAACCGUGCGGGCUUGGCCCAGAGCAUACAAUAUCGUACUAAUGGGCUGCCCAGGUUGACAAGUGGUAUCAUAGCCUGAUUAAGUUCUAGGGCGAUGGACAUCAAUUUGGUGGGACCCUCGUUCGGUGACCUCGGGAUUUGAGAUCUGCGUCUGGUUUGGUGGAUCAACGAGAGAUCCACGUUUGGGCUACAUCUGAUUUGGCGGAUCGAGGGAGGUCCGCGUUUGUCUGGUGGAGAGAUCCACAUAUGUUUGGCGGACCAAAGAGAGUUCCGCGUCUGGAAAAUCCUUGUACCGAGAAGCCCAUCGAUACAAGGUGUCUGGCGGAUCAAGAUAAUCGCUUAGGUGAGGACACGAAGUUCGUGGUCAUUGGCUUGAGCGGAGGAUUGUUAUGGAAAAAUCCAAGUACCACAUCUGUAAUACAAGGGAAUGAACCCUUAUAUAUAAGUGUCCACCUAGCCCAAUUAGUAUGAGGCCUUUUGGGGAGGACACCCAAAAGUAAAACCGUGCAGGCUUGACCCAAAGCGGACAAUAUCGCACUAAUGGGCUGCCCAGGUUAACACAUACUGAAUGGGACCGAAUGCAAUAAUGGUAUGAUCCUUGUUCUAAGAUGUCUUUCACUAAUGGACCGUUGUUCUCAUGAUUUUGGUUCGCUCCGAUCCGACCGAACCAUUGCACACUCUUACUGGUCACCAAAAGGUGCCGGCAGCACCCUCUCAAAACUGAAGCAGAAAACUAAAGGGAAGUUGGAGCGUUUGAAAAUGAUGAGAGAAAAUGGUAGUCUUGUGAAAAUUUUUGAUGGUGUUUUGCCUCAAGCUCUAUAGAGUGAUAUUCUAUCAAGUAAUGUAGUGAAAAUACACUAAUCAUUUUUUUGGAUUCCUAAUUCAAAUGAAUAAUCUGUUAUGAUGAGCGAUCGGUGGGAGUGGAAAUAAUUGGGUGGGGGUUUGUCGAGAGAAGAGACAGAUCCGAAGAAAAUAUAAGACGUUGA